CAGAGGUUGCGUCGGGAAUUAAUCAUAUGGCGAAAACUUGUCCACGACAACAUCCUUCCGUUGUAUGGCGUUGCACUUGGAUUCGGUCCGUUUGCUGCCAUGGUGUGUCCAUGGGCAAAGAACGGAUCUUUGACUACCUAUCUUGAGUCCCAUCAAGACCUUGUGAUAUCUGAUCGAUUCAAACUUUUAUCCGAUAUCGCAAGUGGUCUACGUUAUCUUCAUGCAAACCAAAUUGUACAUGGGGACCUCACUGGGUCCAAUGUUCUAAUAAUGGAGAAUGGCACCGCUUGUCUUUCAGAUUUUGGGCUUUCCGGUGUCAUAUCCGAAUUCGUUGGUUCAUCAACUUUCUCUUCUACCAUCUCUGGAAAUAUCCGAUGGGGGGCCCCAGAGUUGUUUGAUUUACCGGAGAACCAAGACGACUCAUUCAAUCUCCCUAGUAAAGAAGCUGAUAUCUACUCAUUUGGCAGCGUCAUGUUACAGGUGCUCUCUGGAAAGGUCCCUUACUAUUACAUCAAACAGCAGACGCAGAUUGUUGUGAUGGUAGUGGGUGGCAAAAAACCCAGACGCCCGGAGGAGCCGAAGAUCGCGGAAGAACAUUGGAGCAUGAUCGAACGCUGCUGGAGUCCCUUUAAUGCUCGACCAACCAUUGAAUAUCUUCUGAGGUUCAUCACGGCACAACGAAGUAAGCACAUGAUCUGA